AUGGGCCAAGGGUAUAACGUUUGCCCCCGUGGGAAGAGGCUGCCUGAGUUAAUUCUCCAGCAUCCACGGGGCCAGCGCUGGCCGGGAGUGGACAAGACGCCUGGAUGCACAUUAAGCUCCAUUGCGAGGAGCUGCCUGCGUCAGUCGCGCCAACCUGGCUGUGGUCUCCCGGGGUGGGGUCAGGAGUCUGGCGGUUUCUCUGAAGCAUCUGUUCUCUCCGCUCCCAGGUUCCGCUACUACCAGAACGUCUGCACCCAGAGUUACUCCUACGUGUGGUGGGACUGGCCUCGCUGGGAGAGAGAGAUCGACUGGAUGGCGCUCAACGGCAUCAACCUGGCGCUGGCGUUUACUGGGCAGGAGGCUGUUUGGCAGCGGGUGUAUCUGUCCCUGGGCCUGAACCAGUCUGAAAUAGACGAGUACGUCACCGGGCCUGCCUUCCUCGCCUGGAACCGCAUGGGGAACCUGCACACCUGGGCGGGGCCCUUGCCCCUGUCCUGGAACCUAAAGCAGCUGUACUUGCAGUACAGGAUCCUGGAGAGGAUGCGGUCGUUGGGAAUGAUCCCGGUGCUGCCGGCGUUUGCGGGGCACGUCCCCAGGGGCGUCCUGAGGGCUUUCCCUCGAAUAAACGUCACUCGGCUUGGGAGCUGGAGUAACUUCGACUGCACCUACUCGUGUGCCUACCUCCUGGACCCCGGAGACCCCAUGUUCCAAGUGAUCGGGACCCUCUUCCUGAAGGAGCUGAUCAGAGAGUUCGGCACGGAUCACAUCUACAACGCGGACACCUUCAAUGAGAUGAGCCCCCUGUCCUCCGACCCUGCCUACCUCUCGGGGGUCAGCGCUGCCGUCUUCAGAUCCAUGACCGGAGCCGACCCCGACGCGCUCUGGCUCAUGCAGGGCUGGCUCUUCCAGAACCAGCCUGACUUCUGGCAGCCGGCCCAGGUGCGGGCCCUGCUGCGCGGCGUGCCCAGCGGCAGGAUGAUCGUGCUGGAUCUCUUUGCGGAGUCCAAGCCCGUGUACCAGCGGACAGAGUCCUUCUACGGGCAGCCCUUCAUCUGGUGCAUGCUGCACAACUUCGGCGGCAACCACGGCCUCUUCGGCACGGUGGAGAGCAUCAACCGGGGCCCCUUCGACGCCCGGCGCUUCCCCAACUCCAGCCUGGUGGGCACCGGCCUGGCCCCAGAGGGCAUCGAGCAGAACGACAUGGUCUAUGAGCUGAUGAGCGAGCUGGGCUGGCGCCAGGAGCCGCUUGACCUCCAGCAGUGGGUUGCCAACUACGCCCAGCGGCGCUACGGCACCAGGAACGCGGAGGCCGCCGGCGCCUGGCAGCUGCUGCUCCGCAGCGUCUACAACUGCUCGGGGCUCUGCGUCAACCACAACCGCAGCCCGCUGGUGCGCCGGCCGUCCCUGCGCAUGGCCACGGAGCUGUGGUACAACAAGAGCGACGUCUACGAGGCCUGGCGCCUGCUGCUGGACGCUGCUGCCGAGCUGGGGGCUAGCCCCACCUUCCGCUACGACCUGGUGGACGUGACCCGGCAGGCCGCGCAGCAGCUGGUGAGCGAGUACUACCUGGAGAUCAAGCAGGCCUUUCAGAGCCGCUCGCUGCCGGAGCUACUGACCGCCGGCGGGGUGCUGCUGUACGACCUGCUCCCGGACCUGGACGCCCUCCUGGCCAGUGACCCCCACUUCCUGCUGGGCCGCUGGCUGGAGCAGGCUCGUGCCGCAGCCACCAGUGACAAGGAAGCCGAGCUAUACGACCUGAACGCCCGCAACCAGGUGACGCUGUGGGGGCCCAGCGGCAACAUCUUGGACUACGCCAACAAGCAGCUUGGGGGGCUGGUGCUGGACUAUUACCGGGUGCGCUGGAGCCUCUUUGUCUCGGCGCUGGUGGAGAGCCUGAACACCGGCACCCCCUUCCACCAGGAGCAGUUCAACCAGGCCGUCUUCCAGCUGGAGAGGGGUUUCGUCUACAACGGCAAGCGCUACCCCUCCCAGCCGACCGGCGACACGCUGGAGAUCGCCAGGAAGAUCUUCCUCAAGUAUUAUCCCCACGCCAUGCGGCGCAGCCGGGCGGGGGCUGCGUGAGGGCCGGCGGCUCUGGGACCUUCCGGGGAUGGCAGUGGCGUCUCUGCGGCUGGCCCGGUCUCUCCCAUGCCGUAGAUGCUGGUGCCCCCAGCUUCUGUCCCCCCUCCCAAGCUUCUGCCAGAGCCUGAACCAAGGCCCUGGACCCAAAGGGAAACCGAGCAGGAGCCUUGUGCUGCGUGUGAGCGACGCUGCCGCGUGGGCGGGAGCAGGACCGCGCUGGACCUGCCAGUGCAGCGCAGCGAGCUGGGGAAUGAGCUCCCGGGGAAAGGGCUGGAGGGACUGAUCCUGCACUGGCCCUCGGGGUGCUGGGAUGCUCUGACCUGACCAGUGUCUCCAUCGGCUCAGCCUUGCGGCUUGGAGGCUGAUCCCAGCGUCUGGGGGAGGCAGCUGGAUUGUGGGGCAGAGGGUGGACGAGGCCUGUUGCGGGGGCAGGCGGGACAGAGGGUGAGAAUGCUGAUCCCUUCGGGGCAUGGGAUUCGCAGACGGGGGCGGGGACAGACACUGGGAUACCAUGGUGCUGGGUGCAGACCUGAAAUGGGCAUAUGUGGGUAGUGCCCGCCUUGUAGGUGAUGCCCUCGCUGCUAUAGGCUGGAAAAAACCAAGUGCAGUUUCCCCACCACUGGCAGCUCCAGGGCUUUGGGAGCUCUCAGAGGAGGGAAUCGCUUCAGAACAGGCUGAGGGGCAGGAAAUGCAGCGGGACCCUCCCCAGCUCUCGGUCCGGGGAGGGGAGUGUUAACACGCUGCUAUUCCGGGCUCUAAAGAACAACAAUCAGGAGGCCAGAAAGCUCCAAUCCUGCUGCUUUGAUGCCAUUGCAAAGUGCGCGCUGCAGCCGGCUCCCUGCGUAUCGCACUCCCUGCCCAGGGCGAGGAGGAGACGCUGCCUCGCCCGCACCUCCCAUCUGUCCCUGGCUAGGGGGUGCUGCCUCAACUUCUCCUGUUCCCCCGAAACUGCCUCCCAGCCCCGAGUGUUGGAGCAGUUCCAAGGGCUGUCCCCACUCUUCUCCCCACAUGCCCUCUCUGCUGGUCUCAAAUGGGGGCAGAUCUGCCCCAGAACAGCGACUCGCCCAUGUGGGGUUAUUCCUAGUGCCAGGACCUGUCUGGCUGGGGGCCGGCUCCCCACUCCGUACCCCGUGUGCCUUUGUACUAAACAAAAACAGACUUUGGGGAUAUAUUUUUACGAGGACAGUUAUAUUUUUACACCAGGGACCCCCCACUCGCCCCCCUCCACCCAGAGUGCUCUUCUGGGCCUUGCCCCCUUCCUGCACCAGCACGUGAGCUCCCAAGCAGAGCUGGCAUGUGUCUGAAUUCCUCCUUGCACCUGGUUCCAGUUGCUGCCAGCCUCUCUGGGGAGCGAGGGCUGCCGCCGGAGCACGGGGCUGGGCUGCAGUGGGACUGUCUGUCUUUUAGCCGAAUGAUUUUUAUACGCUUGUGUACGUUGGUUUGAACUGGCAGCACUUUUCGGAGACUGAUGCUCGGACUGUGCCUGCCAAUUAAAGACCUGCAAUCCGUUCA